GUCACUUUAAUAGGUUGGGAUGGAAAAACUUGGUUGAUAACAUGAAAAAACAUACGAAUAGAACAUUUAGCAAAAUUCAACUUAAGAAUCAUUGGGAUAAGAUGAGGAAGGAAUGGAGAGCUUAUGAUAAGCUCAUGAGGAAAGAAUCUGGCCUUGGAUGGGAUCCUGUUACGAAGACUAUUGACGCUACACCAGAUUGGUGGGCAGCUGUGAUACAGGAGGAUCCUGAAUGUGCCAAACUCAAGGGCAAGAAUCUGGAAAUCUAUCAAGUUUACUAUGAACCUCUGUUUAGAGAUAGAGUUGCAACUGGUGAAAAUGCUAGGGAUGCAAAUUAUUAUACUGUUGGCGUUGAAGACAAUGCCCAAUCGUUUGAAGAUGAAGAUGAUGAACCAGAAAAUGAAGAGUCUGUCUCUUUAACUUUUCCACCUCCUAGCUAUCAUAAAAGGCAUUCAAGUUCUGGCUCUUCUCGAGCAAAAAAGGGUAAAUCUUCUGCAGCCUCUAAGUUUGAAGACAAGCUAGACAAGGUAAUUGAGAUAAUGGGAUCAAGAAGCUCAGUUACCUCCGCACCACCGAUAAGCAAUGUACCAUCACUUGAAGAAUGUGUUGCUAUGAUUAGUGAAUUUCCUGGUUAUGAACCUGGUACACUAGCAUAUUGUGAUGCCAUCCAAUUGUUCUGGAAGAAAGAAGCGAGACAGAGUAUAAUGCUUCCACCUACUUUGGAGACGAAGAAAGUACUCCUUGAUAGUCUCAUAAAAAAUCUGAAGGAGUGAGGGUGUUUUAUCUUUUUAAUGAUUGUCUUGAAUUGAAGAUUAUGUUAUUUUCUAAGCUUGUUGAGAACAAUGUUUAAGUAUGUUGUGGUUAUGUUGCCU